AUGUCAUUUCAAAACGACACUGGAGUACCGGUAGUGUCCACGGGCAGUCAAUAUGAUCACCAAUACCACACUAGCCUUCAGAGCAAUCGCCAUGAUGAGAACAGAAUUGGCCAAACCGCACCCAUGUAUGAUCCGUACUAUUCGGCAAGAACCACGUCAUUCAGCAACGAGUCAUCAUCUGUAUGCUCGUCCUCAUCUACCGCUGCUUCACCGCAUUAUCACAGUGAAAGCGAAAAUUACAGUCCACAUGCGAGCAGAUACUAUGGCAAAUUAGCUCCAAGAGAAGUUGACGAGACGAAGAUGUAUUCGCGAUCCGUGUGCGGGUCAAAUAGUGAUAAUGGCAUAACCACAGUCAGCAACCUCUCUAAUAUGCCGCGACGUCGUGGACGUCAGUCGAAGGACGAGCAAGCUGGCUGCCGCCAAUCGUCUACCGCUGUCGGCUCGUGA